GUGCAGUAGAAUAUUCAUAUGAACACGGUCUUUGCGAUUUGGCCAAAAUAUCGAAUCCUCAUCUCCCAUUAAAUUUUUUCACCAAUUGGAAUCAAAUGAUGAAAAGGCACAUGGAUUAUUUUGACUAUGCUAUCGGGAAGAGGACUGUUUUUCAAAUCAUUUUCAACUUAACCGCUUCGAGAAGUAUCUUAAUUGUUCAAUUGAUUAAUUCGAAAACGCGUGAAACUGUCUUCUUCGUUGAUUUACCAGGGGCAGAAGAAGUCACCGAAUUGGCCCCAGAAGGAACUGACCUGGAAACAACCCGCCUGUUGAACGAGCAGUCCGAAUUUUUCGGUCAGCGUCUUCUGAAACUCACUUCUAGAUUCAGGCAUCCAUCAACGAUAUUCACCGAACAUCCGUUUUGGAUCAUCAUUAGAGAUUCUCACAUAGAUGAGUUGGUGUCACAGUUCUUCUGGAUUACGUGUACCCAGAGACCGUUACACGAGGCCAACUGUUUGAUAGCAAUUAAGUUCCUGUCAACGAUAUCGUCAUAAUUUAAGUUUGAAUUUUUCCAAGUCCGCGGUGGCCGAGUGGUUAAGGCGUCAAGACAGUGUACUGUCCCCGUGGUCUCCAUCAAACUUUAUCCCGACUUGAAGGCGAUUUUGCAAAAAAUCAAUUUCAAAACCCGUGAUAAGUUUUAAUUCGAUUCAGAUUAUGUUUAAGCAUACAAAAAUAUUAAUUUAUUCAAUGCCGUGCGAUGGAAAGCUUUUUUUCUUAGUGUCUACAAAAUGAUCGCGAGUUGUGAGCAUAACAAACCAAAAUAUUGCAGAGAGAAUUCGUUCACCACAUUGUCGCUAUCAUUGUCGAAUUUAAAACAUCUGAAUUAAAUGUCUAACCAGGGACAUCCCAGCGGCUGGACGCAAUCUAGUGGCGAGCGCCGAACUACUCUCAAUGCCACUGCCUAGCACUGGUGACUUCCCUCUCCAUGUAUAUCUUAUUGUCCAAGGAAAGAAAAGCCACUUUGUUCAAGGAAAUUUUGAUUUUCUGUAUUGUCUUUUGAAGAUUUCCACCUGCCUUCGUAAAAAAAAAAAAAAAAAAAAAAAAAAAAAACAGUAAUUUUGCAGUAAUGCCUAGCUAAGAAAUCAAUCAAUUGAUCGUUUGUAUCCUAAACCAGCCAAAAUGAAAAGCUAUUUUAUUUUAAAAAAUAAAACUGCUUAAAAAUUUACUCGUUACCAAGGGCAAUUGAUCAAACAUUUCUAUAUAUAUUUCCUAAUAUCGUUUAGCAGUACUAAGUUUUCCCAUUACUUUUUUACUAAACA